AUGACGAGCCUCCGCUCGCUCCACUCGCAGCUCGCGUCCAUCAUGGAGGCGCUGGCCCGCGCCGCCGCGGCGGAGAUCUGCGGGCUGGUGGACGACAGCCACGCGGCGCUGCAGCGCGAGAUCCGCCGCAGCCACGCGGAGAACGAGGCGCUGCGGAGGAAGCUGCAGAUGAUCGAGGGCGUCGUGGCGCGGGGCCGCGGGGGCCGCGGGGGCGGCGCGAUGCUGGAUCACGGCGGGCCGGAGGAGGCCGGCGGCGGCGGGGGGCGGCGGCUGGGGUUGUGUUUCUCUGUCGGAGCUCAAUAUGUUGAGGAGAUGUCUGGUUCCAUCCACAGAUCAACAGACCGUGCCUCACCUGCGGGACUCAAACAGCCGAGAGCCUCGAACCUCAGGCGACACCGGAGCGUUCGUGCGUUGGAGGAAACCAAAGAGGACCCUGACACGGCGGCAGCCGAGGAGGAGGACGUGGUUCUGAUUAAGGAGGAAGCUGCGAAAGAAGACGAGGACGACGCCGGAGACGAGCUGCUUCUCAACGAGGACGGGACGGAGCUGCAGCAGUCGGAGGUGGACGACGGCGAGGAAGGACCCUCCGGGAUGAGGCCGUGGGACCAGACCAGUAACGGACCGUCGGAGCGAGUCGACCGCCAGGAGUCGCUCAGCGCUCCGGGUUCUCCGGGUUCUGCAGGUUCUCCAGGUUCUCCAGGUUCUCCAUGUCCCGCCGAGAGCAACUCGCCCGACGCCGUGUUCGACUUGGCCUCGGAGUCGGACUGCGAAGCCCCGGCGAGGAAGCCGUUCUAUCUCGGGUGCGGAGGAAGUCCGACCUCGCCGCCCGGGACCUCGGAGCUGAGGGGGGGCGUGUCUCUGAUCGGCUCCCUCCCGUACGACACGGAGCUGGAGCUCUGCUCCUCGUGGCCCGGUCAGGCCCCCCCCGGCAUGGUGGCCGUGCCUCACCGGCCGUACCUCAAACCGGACCACCUGCCGAAGCUCCUGGACAAAGUGUCCGACUUGAGCGCCGCGGGUUUCCCCAUGGCGCUGGGCCUCGGCGGCUCCUCCAGACUGGACCCUCUGGACCUGAACCGGUACUGCAGGGACCGGCGCUUCGUCUGCAGCUACUGCGGGAAGUGCUUCACGUCGACGCGCAGCCUGGAGACGCACGUGCGCGUGCACACGGGCGAGCGACCGUACAGCUGCGCUCAGUGCGGCAAGCGCUUCACGCAGUCGGGUCACCUGAAGACGCACCAGAGCGUCCACACCGGAGAGCGGCCGUUCGCCUGCGAGCAUUGUGGGAAACGAUUCGCCGGGAAGCAGAACCUGAGGAUCCACCAGCAGAAACACCACUCGGCCGACCAGGGACAUCCCGGGGUGAUCCGCUGCUUGAGGCUGUAUUUGACGAUGAAGCUCCGGGAGCAGAAGGCGCAGGCGUACGGCCGCUCGCCAGAGUGCACGCUCAGGUGCGACUUCAGGUGCGCCGACUGCGUGAACGUCUUGCCGCACUGGCUGCAGCUGAACGGCCGCUCGCCCGUGUGGAUCCGCAUGUGCACGUCCAGGUUCUGCGACGUGGCGUACGACUUGCUGCAGAGCGAGCAGACGAAGCGCCUCCCCCGGGCGCCGGCGCACUCGGCCCGGCCCGACGGGUCCCUCGGACCGGAGCAGCCCGGCUCGCUGCGGGGGGAGGAGUCGGCCACGCUCGCCUGCUGCAUCCCUGCGGCCAGUUUGGACGGUUUCAGCGUGAGCUGCUCGAAGGACGACGACGACUUCUUCUCCGCCGCCUCCUCGUUUCCCGGCGAGCGCCUCUUCAGGCCCCGGCCGCCCGGAGUCGCCACGACGGCCUCUCUGGUCGCAGCCGUCCCUCUGUCAGCAGACGGUCUGUUAUCUGAAAGCACAGAGCGGCUGAGUGAAUGUGGUCUGGACUCUGUGGAGGAGAGUCAUGGUGUCAGAGACGCUGUAGAAGGACAGAACACCUGCACUGUGAUCCAGUUAGGGGGAGAUUUCGGACACAGCCAAUGUGACACUUCGACCUCAGUCCAUUUCAGGCGAAAGAUUUUUGACAAGUUUGCGCACGCGCACUCGGGAUUGUGUCCCGUCGCUUACGUGUGCUUUUGUUUUUCGCCCGUCGUCGCGUCACUUCCGGGUUGGUGUCGGACUGUUCGCGCGACGUGGUGGUGGGAGCGAAGACGGUCCGAUCAGAAACACGCACGGCAGAGCAGCGGCGGCGUGAGGUUCCGCGUCGGGGUUUCUGGACCCGGUGGUUCGGGUUGUUCUCGGACGAAGACGCGCGUGCGCGACAUGUCCCCGUGCGCCGCCCUCCACGCGCAGCUGGCCUCCAUCGUGGAGGCGCUGGCCAACGCGGCGGUGGCGGAGAUCUGCGCGCUGGUGGACGGCGGCUACGCGGCGCUGCAGCUCGAGGUGUCGCGGAGCCGCAAAGAGAACGAGGCGCUGCGGAGGAAGCUGCGGCUCGUGGAGCUGCGCGGGGCCGCCGCCGCCCGCGCGACCGCCCUGCGCGCCGCCGCCGCCAGCGGCACCACCGCGCUGCUGCCGCACGCGCGCGGCCGCGCUGGAGCGCAUCACCCGGGCAACGACCCGAGACGGAACCGAACACCUGCGGCAGGUGACGUGGCGUCGUCCAGCGUAUCCCACCAGGAGACGUCCCCAGUGAUGCCGGCAGCAAGCGAGACGACCGAGCCCACCGACGCGACUACAGCCGUGAUCAAAGUGGAGGACGAGGACGAGUACGAAGACAAGUCCUGGUCCCAGUCUGAGCAGGACGAUGGUUUUCGUUGCGUUGGCGACGCACAGACAACACAGACAGAAGCUCCGCCCCCACCGUCCAAACAGGAAGCGGCAGAUGAAGACGGCGACUCGUCUCAGAGACGGACGGGAGAGGAAGUCAGUUCCACGUCCACGUCCGUCCAAAAGACCCUGAACGGCAGCCACCAGAGGGCAGAAUCCGACGGUUAUGAUUUUCUGAUGCACGAGGCGCAGCUGCAACAUGGCCCCCGCUCUACCCACAAUCCUCGGAGGGAGGAUCCUGGCUGCUCGUACGUCUUGAACUCCAGCCUGUCGAGUGUUUCGUUCGAUUCAGGCAGCGGCGGCAGCUUCCCUGCCGACGUCAGCGAGGCCAGUGCGUCGGAGCAGCCCGCAGUGUUCACAGACAGCCAGCAGAGGGCGCCGACGGCCAGAGACGAGACUCGCCGCCCGGUGACGGGGAGACGGGACGAUUUCAUCAGGAGGGACAGGUGGAGGCAUCGGCGCGGAGAGGACGGCGGCGGGAAGGCGUUUGUGUGCAACUGCUGCGGUAAAACUCUGGCAUGCCUGAAGAACCUGAAGACCCACAUGAGGGUCCACACCGGCGAGAAGCCGUUCGUCUGCACGCUCUGCGGCAAACGCUUCUCCGACUCCAGCAACCUGAAGCGCCACCAGAGCGUCCACACGGGGGAGAAGCGCUACGGCUGCGCGCACUGUGGCAAGCGCUUCGCCCAGUCGGGCUCGCUGAAGGUCCACAUGAGCGUCCACACGGACUGCAAACAGUUCAGGUGCUCGUUCUGCGGAAGGACGUUCAUAUCGAGCAGCCACCUGCGACGACACGUCGCCGUCCACGCAGGAGAGAAACGGUUCGCUCACACGCUGCACUGACGGCGCUCAGGGGUCCGAGCGGAGCCACGUGAACAUCUGCUUGACAGCUGCUGAACAUCUGUUGAACAUCUGUAGAACAUCUGCUGAACAGCUGCUGAACAUCUGUUGAACAGCUGCUGAACAUCUGCUGAACAUCUGUUGAACAGCUGCUGAACAGCUGCUGAACAGCUGCUGAACAUCUGCUGAACAUCUGUUGAACAGCUGCUGAACAUCUGUUUCCCGCCCAGAAUUGUUAAAAAGUCGCCUCACGUCUUGAUCCUGUCAACGACUUAGAUUGAGAUGUGUUCACCAGUUUAACAUUUAAAAUCAAUCCUGCAUCAGGUUAUUAAUUAUUAUAAACUUUCUUCACCGGUGUCUUUUCCAUCAACAGGUUAAAAAACGUCACUGUCAUAAAACGUUACAGCUGAAAUACAUAAGUUUGACUUUGUCAAAUCACAGACGAAUAAGAUUAUUUUCUCAAUUGAACGUGUGCUGUUUUUUUUUCUUGUAGUCGUUAAUUUUAAUCAUUUCAUAUUUUUUAUGACGAUGUCACAUUAAGCUCUGGGCUACGAUGAAAACAAAACCUGGAACUCAGGGGUCUUUUUUUUUGGGGGGGGGGCGGGGUUAUCGUGUUUGUCUUUAAUCUGGAGCCUGAGUGUUGAAA